AUGGCUACAAGGUCAUCGUUACUUCUUCUCAGCUACCUCGCCGUCGCUGCCGCCGCCGGCGUGCUGCAAGCCGCUCGUGCCCAGCCUGACAGCAACGGUUUCAUAAGCAUAGACUGCGGCCUGUCGGGGAAGGCCGGCUACGUCGACAACGCCACCAAGCUAUCCUACCUGCCGGACGCUGGCUUCACCGACGCCGGCACGAACCACAACAUCUCGGCGGAGUACAUCUCGCCGGGGAGCUCCAGGUUCUUCGACAACGUGCGCAGCUUCCCCGGCGCCGCGCUGCGGAGCUGCUACACGCUCCGGUCACUGGUGCCGGGGCUCAAGUACCUGGUGCGCGCCUGCUUCAGGUACGGCAACUACGACGGCCUCCGCAGGCCGCCGGUGUUCGACCUCUACGCCGGAGUCAACUUCUGGACCACCGUUAACAUCACCGACCCGGCUGUCGCGCAUGCCAUGGAGGCCAUCGUGGUGGUGCCGGAGGACUCGAUGCAGGUCUGCCUGGUGAACACCGGCGCCGGGACGCCGUACAUCUCCAGCCUAGAGCUGAGGCCGCUGAAGAACUCUCUCUACCCGCACGUCAACGCGACGCAGGGCCUGGCCAUGGUCGCCAGGGUUAACUUCGGCCCGGCUGAUACCUUCAUCAGGUACCCGGAUGAUCCACAUGACAGAACAUGGAUGCCAUGGAUCGACCCUAUGAUAUACGAGGAGAUAACGACAACAAAAACAGUACAAAGCGUGGAAAAUGAUGUGUUUGAGACACCGUCGGCUGUGAUGCAGACAGCGAUCGCACCUCCAAAUGCCUCUGGUACUAUAUAUCUCCAUUGGGAUGCGGAGCCAACCACCAAUGACCCAUCACCAGCAUUCAUCACCGUCAUGCACUUCUCUGAGCUGCAACUUCUCCGGGGCAACAACACCCGCAACUUCAACAUUAGCAUCAACAAUCAAGUCGUGGGCAACAUUUCACCGGACUAUCUCUAUGCCGAUGCAUCCUUCAACACAAACCCCUACCGGGGCUCAAGCCAAUACAACAUCACCUUCCGCGCCACAGCCAACUCGACAAUGCCGCCCAUCAUCAACGCCCUCGAGAUUUUCUCCAUCAUGCCCACUGUCAACGUUCCCACAGAUGCCAAGGAUGUGUUGGCCAUCACGACCAUCAAGAAGCAGUAUAAAGUGAAGGAGAAUUGGAUGGGUGACCCAUGCGUCCCAAAGACUAUGGCAUGGGAUUGGUUGACCUGCAGCUACGCCAUAUCCAACCCCCCGGCAAUCACAGGCAUAAACCUUUCUUUCAAUGGCUUGAAUGGUUAUAUAUCGACUUCUUUCACCAAUCUCAGUGCUCUCCAAUACUUGAAUCUCUCAUACAACAACUUGACAGGCUCAAUUCCUGAGUCCCUAUCAAAAUUAUCCUCACUGACAGUUAUAGAUUUGUCAGGUAACCAUCUCACUGGAUCAAUUCCCUCUGAAUUACUCAAAAGGGCCCAAGAUAGGUCCCUCGAUCUAAGAUAUGAUAAUAAUCCAGACCUUUGCAUCAACGAAACUUGUACAUCUUCAAAUGGGACGCCAAACCUAGCAAUCUACAUUUCAGUCCCAGUAGUUGCUGUCAUGAUGAUACUAUUGUUACUUGUAUAUUGCUUGAUAAGACGAAGAAAGAUAGGCUCAACGAACAAUACCAUCAUUCCACAUGAUGAGCGAAGAAAGCAUUCACAACAAGUUGACAACUUUGGCUAUGCUACCGUGCACCUUAAAAACCGUCAAUUUACGUACAAGGAUCUGCAAAUGAUAACAAAUAAUUUCCAACAACUUCUUGGGAAAGGGGGGUUUGGGUAUGUCUACUAUGGGAUCUUGGAGGAGGGCACUCAAGUUGCUGUGAAGUUGCGGUCGCAAUCGUCUAAUCAAGGUGUAAAAGAGUUCCUUGUAGAGGCUCAGAUUUUGACACGUAUUCAUCACAAGAAUCUCGUCUCUUUGAUUGGUUACUGUAAAGAUGGGGAGUACAUGGCACUUGUCUAUGAGUACAUGUCAGAAGGAACCCUACAAGAGCAUAUUGCAGGAAGAGAUCACAACAGGAGGAACUUAACCUGGAGAGAGAGACUUCAAAUUGGAUUUGAAUCCGCACAAGGGCUAGAAUAUCUACACAGAGGGUGCAACCCACCCCUCAUUCACAGGGAUGUCAAGGCAACCAACAUCUUACUUGACGUAAAGCUGCAAGCCAAGAUUUCUGAUUUUGGAUUGUCUAAGGCUUUCAACCGUGACAGUGACACUCAUUUAUCAACAAGCAUACUUGUCGGAACACCUGGUUACAUUGAUCCUGAGUAUCAUGCAACAAUGAUGCCAACAUCCAAAAGUGAUGUAUAUGGUUUUGGUGUGGUGCUUUUAGAGCUGAUCACAGGGAAGCCACCAAUACUUCGUGUCCCAGAGCCAAUUAGCCUUAUCCAUUGGGUGCAACAGCACCUGUCACAUGGAAACAUUGAGGGUGUGGUGGAUGCGCGUAUGUGUGGUUCCUAUGAGAUGAAUAGUGUUUGGAAGGUUGCAGAUAUAGCAUUAAAAUGCACCGCCCAAACAUCAACACAACGACCUACAAUGACAGAAGUUGUCUCGCAACUGGAAGAGUGCCUAGACCUUGAGCUUGAUCAUGCAGGCAGUGGCGCUGCGUUACCAAUUGGCUAUGUUAGGAAAAGUAGCACCAUAUUUGAAAUGGAUCAUUUGGAAAGGAUGCCAAUGCCGAGCAUGUCUAGUGGUCCUUCUGCACGAUAAAAGGGUUGUGUCACAUGUAUGGUCGUCGUAAUUUUUGAAUUGCCAUCAAAUAUAUGCAUACAACACUGCAUUAUCAACAAACUAUUAAUGUUUAUUUCACUUAAGAG